AAGACUGCUACUGUUCUGUUGCUCUAGCUCGCUAGCUGUGUAAAUUUUUCGGAUGGAUCGUGGCAUUGUUUCCAGUAGCGGAGAUGGAUCUCAGACAGCUUUUCCUGAUAAAUUGGGAUUCAACAAUACUAUCAAGAAGCAGAUUAAUGGUUGCGGUGGCACAAUCUGUGUUAAACAGGAUGAUCCAUGCCAUUUCUUGCGUGUCCUUUAUGAGAGUCUAAUAGCAGGAGGAUUAGCUGGUCUUGUUGUGGAAGCUUCUCUAUACCCAAUUGACACAAUCAAAACUCGAGUGCAGGUAGCUCGAGAUGGAGGGAAGAUUAUAUGGAAAGGUUUAUACUCUGGUCUUGGUGGAAACCUUGCUGGUGUCUUACCUGCUUCUGCCUUGUUUUUCGGUGUAUAUGAACCAACCAAACAGAAGCUUCUGAAGGUUCUACCUGAAAAUUUUAGCGCGGUUGCACAUUUGGCUGCAGGUGCUUUAGGAGGUGCUGUUUCAUCUAUUGUCCGUGUACCAACCGAAGUUGUUAAACAGCGGAUGCAAACUGGACAAUUUGCUUCGGCACCUGAUGCUGUUCGACUUAUUAUAGCCAAAGAAGGAUUCGGAGGCAUGUAUGCGGGAUUCGGCUCUUUCUUGCUGCGAGAUUUGCCUUUUGACGCGCUUCAGUUUUGUGUAUAUGAGCAGUUACGGAUUGGAUACAAGUUAGCUGCGAGAAGAGACCUGAAUGAUCCAGAGAACGCAAUGCUUGGUGCCGUUGCUGGUGUUGUCACUGGAGUUUUGACCACUCCUCUAGACGUUAUCAAAACCAGACUAAUGGUUCAGGGCGCAGGGAAUCAGUAUAAAGGGGUCUCGGAUUGCGUUAAGACGAUAUUAAGAGAAGAAGGGUCGUCAGCUUUGUGGAAGGGAAUGGGUCCAAGGGUUUUGUGGAUAGGUAUUGGAGGUUCAAUUUUCUUUGGAGUUCUGGAAAAGACAAAGCAGAUUCUUUCAGAUCAGAGCAGCCAAAAGAUUCACAAGGCUUAAACUGUUAGAUUCUACAUCAUUUACGUUCCCCUGGAGGUGUAUAUUCUUUGCGUAUAUUGCUUCUAUUUUUCGAUCAAUUUCCACAUUUUUAUCGUUUGGCUCCAUAAAGACUUCGAUUGCGAUCCUUGGUGGCUUAUUUGUAAAAUUUCAAGUCCAAUAUUAUCUAUCAGAUGACCAAAAAUACCUGGUAGUUUACUUAAAGGUUUAAACUUAGUGUGAAUGUUUUAAGGUUGCGUAAUAAACUGUUUCAUCGAAUGCAUGCUUCUUUU